AUGGCAUCUAAUGUUACAGUGCAAUCAGUGUUGGAGAAGAUUAGUGUGGAUCAUCUGGAAUGCUCCAUCUGCACCAACCGUUUCAGGCAGCCCAAACUGCUGGACUGUUUGCAUAGUUUUUGCCUGCAAUGCCUCCAAGAGCUCAGACAGAGCCAAGAUCCUAGUGGUACAAAACUGACAUGUCCUCUGUGCAGAUGUGAAACCACGUUGAAAGGGUCUGGGGUUGCUGAUCUCCCUAAUAACUUUGCAUUCAGUGCCCUGGUGGAGGAAGUUACAAUGCAGGAAAAACUACUGGAAGGUCAAGGGUCAGACAUCAAAUGUCAAGCCUGUGAUGAGGAGAAUCAGGCUAUUUCAAGAUGCAUGGACUGUGAUCAUUUCCUCUGUCAAGAAUGUCAAAAGGCACAUAAACGUAUGACUGCCAUGAAAUCUCAUAAAAUCUAUACACUGGCUCAACUUCAAUCAGGAAAAAUUGUCUAUAAAAGUAAACUAAGAGAUGAAGUUCCGAAAUGUUGUAAGCAUCCAGAUCAGAAUCUCAAUGUCUACUGCAACUCAUGUGAGCAAGUCAUAUGCACAACUUGCUCUGUACUUGAUCAUGCAAAACACUCACUCACUGGAUUACCUGAGGCCGCAGAGAAAUGUAAGAAAAAGAUCACAGAAAUGGUCCAAAAAGGUGAGAGCAGAAAAACAGAAAUGAGCACCACCAUAGAAGAGACGUCCAAAUCUCGCAAGGAGCUGGACACCAUGUUUGCCAACGCUCAAAAGAAAGUCUCCAAAAAGAUCCAACUGGGGAUUCCAAAAAUCCAAAAGGAAGAACAGAAAUUAAAGCAAGAGAUGGACUGGAUUUAUCAACACAGAGUCAGAACAUUUGAAGCUGCUCAAGCUACGAACAGGAAAGAAGUGACACAGACAAAGCACAAGCUGGAGGAGGUCAAACAACUCAUGAAUCAAGCAAGUUGCUAUAAGAUUCUUGAACUUCAGCAGAAGCUCUUGCAUAACCUCAGUGAAUUGACAAGAACACAGCCACAACAAGUUCCUGAAAAGUUGACCUUCAUGGACUUUGAAGAAGACUACUAUGGUGCCAGUGUAUUCUCAGUAGACAUGACCAGCAACAUGCAGGGGGAUGGGCAACCUACUGGUGUGUGCUGUGACAGUGAUGGCAGCAUCUUUGUUGCUGUGUGCAGAUGUCUAACAGCAACGGACAUAGAGAUCCAAUAA